CGCGAGCUUUCGCUGUUCCGCUUUGCCUGAAAUUCUUUGCUGAUCCGACUUGAGACUGAGAGAAUUCAAGAUGGCUGUCUCAGGCUCCAGAUGAGGGCUUCUUCCUGCUUUGCCCUGGUGUGUAACUUUCUUGCGGCCGACUGAGUGUCAGUGCUGCCAGUCCCUCACUGCCCCUUUGGAGACACCAUGUCCAACACCUCCUCCUGUUCCUCCUCGGGGGAAACCAGCCCGGACGACACACCCCGAGGUGGGGGCACCAUUCGUGUCUACCUCCCCAACAAGCAGCGGACGGUGGUAAAUGUUCGGCCUGGGCAAACUGUCUAUGAUAGUCUAGAUAAAGCCCUGAAAGUCAGAGGCCUAAGCCAGGAUUGCUGUGCAGUCUUUCGCCUUCUUGAAGGCCGGAAGAGACUUACAGAAUGGGACACUGACAUCACACCCCUCGUAGGGGAAGAGCUUCUGGUAGAAGUGCUGGAUGAUGUUCCUCUUACCAUGCACAACUUCGUACGUAAAACAUUCUUUAAAUUAGCUUACUGUGACUUCUGCCACAAGUUCUUGUUCAACGGCUUCAGGUGUCAGACGUGUGGAUAUAAAUUUCACCAGCACUGCAGCAGUAAAGUCCCUACAGUAUGUGUGGAUAUGGACACUGUGACAAAACGGUGUGUUACCAAUACAGAAGACUGCCCUUCGAUAUUGAUAUAUCCAGCCACCAAUUCCAUAUCACAGAGUGACAUUCCCUUAACUUCAGAUUCUCCUGGAGAGGAACUGCUGACUGCCCCAUCAAGCUUCUGUUUGAUCAUGCGAGGAGAGGACGGUCAGUCUCUCCAGAGGCAUCGCUCCACCUCAACCCCCAAUGUCCACAUGGUCAGCACGCUUGAGCCUGGCGCUGCUGGCCUCAUGGAGGAUGCAUUCAAAAUCAGCACAAUGGUGUUGUCCACAGGGCAAGAGUCCUCUCCCAAGCCUUCCACUAGCCCACCCCACCUAGGGUCACCAGGAAGAAGACCCCCCAAAUCCCCUUCAGAGCCCAAGGAACGAAAGCAGUCCUCAUCUGAUGAUAAAAAGAAAGUGCACCGGGGAGGUUACAGAGACUCCAGUUACUACUGGGAGGUGCACUCACGGGAGGUGUCCAUGUUGAAGAGGAUUGGAGCAGGUUCUUUUGGGACUGUCUAUAAAGGCAAGUGGCAUGGAGACGUGGCUAUCAAGAUUCUUAAAGUCACAGAGCCCACACCGGAGCAGCUCCAGGCCUUUAAAAAUGAGAUGCAGGUUUUACGAAAAACACGCCAUGUCAACAUUCUGCUGUUCAUGGGCUUCAUGACGAAGCCUAAUUUUGCCAUUAUCACGCAGUGGUGUGAAGGCAGCAGCCUCUAUCGCCACCUGCAUGUUACCGAGACCAAGUUUGACGCCAUGCGCCGUAUUGAUGUUGCUCGCCAGACUGCACAGGGCAUGGAUUAUCUUCAUGCCAAGAAUAUCAUUCAUCGGGACUUGAAAUCUAAUAAUAUCUUUCUGCACGAAGGCUGGACAGUAAAGAUCGGUGACUUUGGGCUGGCCACAGUAAAAUCUCGCUGGAGUGGCUCUCAGCAGGUCGAACAGCCCAGUGGCUCCAUCCUGUGGAUGGCCCCUGAGGUGAUCAGAAUGCAAGACACUAACCCAUAUACCUUCCAGUCAGAUGUAUAUGGAUAUGGAGUGGUGCUCUAUGAAUUGAUGUCUGGGACUUUGCCUUAUUCGAAUAUCAACAACCGCGAUCAGAUUAUUUUCAUGGUGGGUCGUGGCUACUUGUCUCCAGACCUCACUAAAUUAUACAGUAACUGCCCUAAAUUGCUGAAGAGGCUCAUCAUCGACUGUCUGAAAUUCAAACGCGAUGAACGGCCCCUCUUCCCACAGAUCUUGGUGGACAUUGAGCAGGUCCAGUAUCUGUUGCCAAAAAUUGAGCGGAGUGCCUCUGAGCCCUCUUUACACCGUGCUGUACACGCCGAGGACCUGAAUCCGCUUCUCCUUCACACCACACACCUCUUGCCUCUUCCAAAUGCCGUGCAGCAUCAUUCCCAGCAUGGAGUUCCUCAGAGUUCCUCUCAUUAUUCCACACAUUCCUGAGAGCACCCUAAGUACUUCGUCAGUCACACGUAUAGUCAGACACAUUACAUUUAUCUACUUGUUCAUGCUUCCUCCCUUCUCUUUUCCAUUCUAGCUGCCUGUAGAGAAUGUCAGAUUCUUUCUGGACCAGUUGCUUUAUAAAACAGAAGCAGAGAAUAAACCGUGCUCUCUUACUACACUUAAUGGAUUUCGAAAUCCAAGCAUCAUAUCAGCAAUGUAUCGGCACAAUCUUAAUGACCUCCUUUUUGAGGUAUAUUUCAAAAUGUGUUAUGGUUGCUUACGUUACCUUUUUUACUUUUAAGAUUAAAGUAGCGUUUUACUUUAGAACAAGCAAACUAGCAUGGAGAUUUUCUUUUUUUCCUCUCUGUUCUUCUGGCUUAAAAAACAUUAGCCAAUGACAGCACAACGUUGAUGGCUCUUCAUCUGCAUCAGUCACAGAGACUCUUCUUCCAGACCGAUUCGCAGUCAGUUUAUCAUCAUGAACAUGACCAUGCACCCAUUACAGUUGUUUUUCAGUUGUCAUCUUUUUUUUAAAAUUCCGUUUUAAUUCCGUUUUUGUGGAAAAUACCGGUGUCAGAUUUGGUUAGACAUACACAUAACUUGUCCCCUUAAUAAUUGUGCUGUGCUUUUUGUGAUAUUUAUAAAAACCCAUGACUGAUUUGGCUCUAGCUUUGCACUUCCUCUGUACGCUGGUGAGCUUUAAAUUGUAGAAAAGUGAAAUUCAAGAAAAAGACACAAAGCAGUAGUGCACUUCCUGAAGUGAUGGGGAAGAAAUAAUAUACACUUCUUUUGUUGCUUUGAAAUCGGUGCAUUUGCUUUCUGGAAGUAAAAUUACUAAACUAAACUGGCCCAUGAAGACCAUAAGCAAGACUUGUGAACAAGUACUGACACUUCAUGCUAAGUUCACAAGUUCAACUAUUAACUGUGUGUGCGUGUGGUGGUGUUAAGCGGUCGCCAUUGCUGCUCGUGCUGUUGAACGUUAAGAGUUUUUUUUUUUUUUAAUCCUGGUCCAGGGUUCAUGGAAUCAUGUGUGUUACAUAAUGGAGACCUCCAAAAUGCACAAAGCAGGGAAUCAGCAGGACAAAAUUAAGAACACUGCUGAAGAGAUUUUAAUAACGGUUCUACAUUCAGAUAUGGUUGAGAGAGUUUUGGACGGUGUUGAUUGGAUUUGCAUCUUGGAACUUAAGUGUCAUUUUUGAGUGUCUGAGAACAAUGUCCGUAAACGGUCUUUUAUUUUGUAGUCAGCAGCUUUAAGGUGGAGUUCCAGUUGAAGCCCUCAAGCAGUUUUCAAAGAAAUAACACUUCUUAAAUAAGGCUGCUAACUUUAGACCCGCCGCUGACCUCUGGUUAAUCGACUAAGUUUAGUUAUGAGUGAGAUGAUCAAACUCUUUUCACUUUGCCAGCACCCAUUCUCUGAGGGCUCUGAUAGGAGCAGGAAGAACAGACACUUUGUAGCGUUUCCUUUUAGAUCAAAUUUGUGGCAGUGCUUCUGGAUGCUGUAUUUUUCUGUCAGUUAGUUCAGUUUAUUCCAUACACUCAAAAGCAUGUCUCUGCUGUUUAAUAGCAAUAUUAAAGUUAAUUUCCUCCCAUUCAGCUGGUUUCAAAAGGACUGACUGAAACCUACAAUGAUGGGGCCUUAUGUGAUCUACAUUUCCAUCUGUCCUUUUAAUGGAGUCUUAAUAUAUGUAACUUAUUAAUUCAUAACUGACACUUGUACUAAAGACAGAGCUUUGGUUCUUUCUAGCAAUAUUCAAAUGGGGCUGGGUCCCCCGUUGAGCUGUACUCAUUCAAAAUACAAUGCCUAUGGAGGAUUCACCAGGUGAUUCUGUGCUUUUUAAGACCGUUUCACAUCGCCUCAGUGACUAAUGGAAAUGACUAUGUUGUAGUUUCAGACAAACCUGGCUAUCUCUAUAUAUUUCAGCUUGAUUACGCACUUUCUCUGUCAUUAGCAGAGCUUGAUGUGCUUCUGGAUUCUUGUAGAAUGAUCAUGUGGUACUUCCAAGUGUAGGAUUUUUCCUAAGAAACCAGCAGUAAUAAUAUUGCUCAGUACAAGGAAGAAAUUGCGUUAUCAAGCAUUUGUUAGAUGGCACUAUAUGCUCUUCUCUAUUCGUAACGGUUGAGAAAGCAAGACUAUCCGUUUAUUUUUGUAUGUAUUUGGAUGCACAGCUUGUCCUGUUAAAAUGUAGGAUGCAAUUAAAGCUAUAAAUGAA